AUGUCCAGCUUUCUAUCAGUCAAAGAGAUGAACGGUUCGAGGUCCAAGGAUCCAAGGCUCGAUUCACCCCCGACACAAAAUCCCCAUUAUUUUCCAGAAGUAGCAGAAGAAUAUUUUGGCGUUCUUGGGGAUCAUCGUGAACAACCUAGAAACAAUGUUGUCUCCAUCUCUCCUCGGCCAUCUACGACGCUUUGUUUCCCAGAGACCCAUUCUCCCGAUAUUCAGGAUUUUGACACGAAGGACUCAUACCCCCCUGCCGGAAAGCUCCCUGACCUCGACUUCAUCCCCAUGAAUGAGGGACCGCUCCUUGGGAGUAUCCAUACCCGUAUUGCCGCCCUUCGCACCUCCUCCGCUGACACCCAGAACCGUUAUUCACAAGCCGUCAACACGUCGAUCCCGGUGGAACCCGACUGGGGUGGCAGUAUGAAAAUGUGCAACAAGAACUCCUUGUGGAACUCGACAGGAUUUUUCGCGGAGGGGGAGACAGCAUCCCAGUUGCUGCGGUAUAGAGAGAUGUUUUCUUUUCUAUCGCAGCGUCAUGCUGAAGCACUCGCUUCGAAUUCCUUGGACAUGGCUCAGGAUCUUAUUCGACGUGGGCAAAUAUCAAUAGCUACUAUUAGGAUCAUAGGUCAUAGAACCCAGAGCCUCUACAACAACAGUGUGGCACAUGGAUGUCUUGCUCGCAAUUCGAGUGAGGUUAGUAUCUGGGGUUGGAAGCCCUGGCGGGAGAUGGCUAUGGCUGAGAAGAUCAGUGAACGGAGGAGGAAAAGGGCCGCCAUGGAGCGGGAGAAAAUUAGGGAAAAGUCCGUGAGGAGAACCCGGUUCUAUACUAAAAUUGAUGAUGAGACUUUAUCAUUGAGACAUCUAGACACCGAUUCCCAGCAUGAGCUAGAUUGUGAUGGGUCUUUAGGCGGUGCAGGGUUAAGCCUAUGUUCCGAGAACAUGGAUUACUUUGAUGACAGAAAUACCAAAUCUGACCUAGGAAGUGAAGGUCCUUCAACAGAUGGGGCCAGAGAACAAGAAGCUAGUUUGGACGUUUCAAAAGACCAAGAUGUCCCAGUAGGUUGGAAAUGGCUCCCACGAACUGAGCCUGAAAUCCAGUGGCAUCUGCCAGUAUAUAAUGAGAUUAAACCAAAUGAUUUUGCCCUCCCCCAGAACGACGGAUCAUCUCCAGGACUAAGGCUCACCCCACAGAUAUCACCAAAAUCAGUCUCCCCAUAUGUUUCAUCUGGAUCAGGAAAUGAAACAUACGAGUCGAGCAUACCGACUGCGUCUGAUAUCUCUACUUCUGUGUCCCUCGACUCUCCAACUUCUUUUGAUAGAAUACUGUUUGAGCGCAGAAGGAAACCGCCAGGGACCGAUUCUAAUUCGGACAGUACAGUUGGCGCCUCCAGAGCACGCAACCACCUCAGGAAAAUGAAAACUGCAUUCAAGUCUAUCCCCCUCACAAAGAUACAUUUCCCCUGGUCUAGCUCGGAUGAGGAAAGCGGGGCAGGAGCUGUAGGGUUGAGCGGGGUGCAGACAGACUCCACCGAUUCUUCCUUCGCUACUGGCUCGGAACAAUCUUGGCCACCGGCCAGCAGCAUUCCUCCCGGGUAUGGUCUGGUCCCACCUCCUCCCCCACCAAGAGAAUUUAUGCCCUACGUUGAAUCUACUACCCCAGAAACUCGGAUACACUCCCCGCACCCCAGACUGAUUGACAAGUCGCCACCACACCCCGGCAUGAGAAUAGACUCGAUUGAUACCUCUGUUUCUGGCUUUAGUGCUUGGAGAGGAAUGUCAAUAGCUAGGCACAGAGAGAGUGAUCCUUUGACCAGGACAGAGAAGGAGUACCAGGAGCUUUUAGCAUUGCUCAAUGAGCUAAAACGGGAGCUACGGAUGAGGAGGAGAAGGGGAGGCAAGAAAAGUAAAGAAGAUAAAUAA